GUAAGAGAGAUUUACAGGAAAAAAAUGAUAAGAGUGGAAACAUGACCUAGACAUUACAUUCACACACAUAGGUGGUAUCAUCAUGAACAAUGGAACAACAACAAACGAUUCGAUUAGAAUCGGUAAACAUAUCGAACGUACAUUAUUGAUCAGGAUUGAUAUUUUCUUUCAAAUCUAUCAUCGAGAGAGAAAAAAAACGACUAGAAUCGAAUCAACGACGAAUACAAUUAAAUAAUUUGUGUAUCAACAACAACAAUGUCUACUUAUCCAUAUUCAGAUAGUUUUGCUUUGAUACGAUAUAUAUUGAUUUUGAUUGUUAUAUUUGGCAUUAUUGGAUCAAUUUCACAAUUAGUAUCCGGAUUAUUUGCAUUGGCCAAUGCACAAGAUGUAACAACUACAACGACAACGACGACGACGAAAAAUAUUCCCAGCAAUAAUUAUCAUCCACAGGAUCGAAAAUCAGUCGAAAUGAGUGCAGUGGCCAUGUUGAUUAUGGCUUUAAUUUGUUUCACUUUUGAAUUGAUUGGAUUACUUGGUGCUUUAUUACGAAAAGUUUCGGUUGUAUCGGUGUUUGCCGUGGUCAUGGCAAUUGCAAUCGUUGUUAAUUGUUUUAUUGGCGAUGGUGGUCUAAAAUUAUUGAUCAUUUUAUUGAAUCUUAUUAUGACCACAUUGUCAGGUGUUUUUGUUUACAUGUGUAUCAGACAAAAAGAAAUCGAAGCUUAUCGACAACGAAAUUCAAUGUCAAUAUCAGCCAUUCAUGAUAUGAGUGUAUCACGUGACAGUGUUUAUCAUUGAAAAAUUAAAUAAACAAAAAAAAAACAAAA